AUGUCGCUGUCUACCAACCAAGCAACCCCUCCCGAGCCAAGAAACGACCAGAAUGCUGUGGAGGAUAAGCCCCGCAAGGCUUGCAUCAAUUGCAGACGGCAGAAGAUGCGAUGCGUCGUCGAAGGCAACAAUACCUGUCGUCGCUGUCGCCGCUCAGGGCUGCCCUGUAUCUUCCUACCGCGAGCCAAUGCGGCGACUCUGCCGGAGAGUGUGAUGGCCCUGCAGGACGACGAAUUCAAGGCAGAUGUUCUGCAUAGACUUAAGGUUAUUGAGGAGAGAAUUGGACUCGCCGGGGGUCAGUCUUCGCUGCAGGGCACAGAGGCUGCGGAAGAUGUAGAGCACAGCAGGGACCCAUCACCGGAGUCGGGCUUAGGGGCUCUCUGGGGAGCAGUGGCAGUGCUGCAGAGAAGUGUUCCGCCGUCUGUUCCUUCCUCUAUAUGGCGUAGAGAUGUAGUAAAAGAGCUCUGGUUGUCAUUCCACGACAGAAUGCCUGGACUGCAUUUCAUGCCGCACAAACAGACCUUCUCUGCGCCUCAUCCGAUACUACUGGCCUCGAUAUUGUACUGCUCCAGCGUCCGAGGCCCGCCAGGUGUUGCAGAGCUGGCGCCGCACUACUUCACCGUCUUGUGCAACGCCAUUGCCCAGCUAUGCAUCCCCAAUAGUGAGAUGGGCCGGACGCCUGACGAUUCAGAGGAAUGGGCUUUCCAGACUGUCUUAGGAAUCGUUCUGGCUGGCCUCCUUAAUGAAGCGACGGUCCGUGAGACUGGGAUCUGGAUCUCUGUUGCGUAUCGCCUCAUCCUGGAACACUCGCCGGCUCAUAUCGACGAGUCAUCGCGCAAGUGGCGCAAACUCUUCAGCGGUGUCCAGAUCAUUGACCUCGAACAUGCCUCUCUGCAUCUUUCCUGUCCUGUGCUUCCCAUUGAGGCGCCUUUACCUGGUCUGCGGACGUCGCAUCGCGAUCAACUCCACAGACUGACUCGGAUGAUGCAUACCGGCUUGACGCAUUUCGCAGGAAGGAGAUUGCCGACAAUAUGGUCAUCGUUUACAAGUGAUGUCUCGGAAGUGAGCUUAACAAGCAAUUUCACUGCAGUCGACACGGCGGUGAUGAGGGAUUGGGCUCGCCAGCUUGAUGAAUGGCUUGUUGAGUUCACCCAGAGCUCAGAGGGAUCGGAACAAGAUCUCAAACUCGUCUUUCGCCAGUAUGUCCUUCAUCGACUGGUUGUUCUAUCUAUAUACCAUCCUGUGAGAGGGUGCAAUAUGUGGUCGAACAGCGUCACCCCGAAGGAACAGUACGAGCUGCUUCUUUCGGCCCGUGCAACUCUCAAACUACAUUCCCAUGAUGACUCUAUCUGGUCGAACUGGGACCAGGUCAUCAUCACCUGGGCUGCACUUAUUGUCAUCCAGGGUAUCGAAGGGGGGAGUGGUGAGCCGGAUGAUCUACCGAGUAUACGAGUACACCUUGAAAUGCUCAAGCAAAUGACAGGCCCAAAGCCCAGUCUCCGGGACAUCCUCGUCGCCCGGCUGGAAUCGAGUCUAGCUACGAUACAGGUCCCUGAGUCUGCGAAUCUGUCGCAGAAUGUGUACGGGAAUCUUGCCAUGAUGGCACCCGUGGACCAGUCGUGGCAGUUGUUUGACCAGUCCAGUCUCCAGCAGAUGAUGUACUCGGACUGGAUGGCCCAGUAA